AUGAAGAUAUUUAUCGAAUUGAGAGACCAUGACGAAAUUGUGCAUCGAGAAUUCGAAUGGGUGGUUACUGGAAAUGUUUGUUUUUUUUAUACAUUCUCUAUGUAAUAUGUUUUUCAACUUCUAGGGUGAGAUUUCCGAUCUCAGGGAACAAAUAAAGUUGGUAUUUUCUAUCGAUCAAAUUUAUCAACAACUGUUUUAUAAUGGCGAACUUAUACGAGCAGACACUGCAGUCGAAGCUGGAUUAGUGGACAAAGAUACGUGUGUUGUUGUAAGUUAAAUAUUUCACUAUUUAUAUUCAAAAUUGUAUUAAAACACCCUUUUUGUAAAGAUGCAAAACCCAAAAAAAAUUUUGAUCCCAGAAUCGGCCAAAUUAAAAAAAAUAUUAAAAAAAAUAAAUUGUAUUUCUUACAGAAACACAAUAUGUGCACGAACUGGCAAGUGUAUAUCGGAUUGAUCAAAAAAUUACAAGAUUUGACAUCAUUCGGAGUCACUGAAGACCGGAGAAAGAUCGCGCUGUUAGCGAGACCAAAUUUGUCCAUACUUGACAGCUCCCGAUUUUUCCUAACGUAUCCAUCUCUACAGCUCAUAAGAGUGGAUAUCGAAACAAAAUUAGGAUUUCUUGUCCAUAACGUCGCAAAAUAUCUAAAGAGAUCUGUAAUGGCAUAUUAUAAACAACUAUUCCCCAAUGAAAACGUCAAAAUCCAAAACACACCAACAAACUCCGCUGGUGUUCAUGUAAGUUUUUUAUCAACAUGUGUCCAUAUAUAGUCUUUGAAUAUUUCAGCUCGGAGUAAUCGUUCACAUUGAUAACAAGCCAUCAUUUUACGCAAAAACACUGGGGAAUAUUCCGAUAGUAGAAGAAGAAGAAUUUGAUUUUUUGAACGGGACCAAAGUCGAUUUGGUUGAAAUCUUUGUAUAUGUGUUAUUAAAUUUGACUGGACUGGGACCAAACGAUGUUCACAUCAUACCAGAAGUAAGCAAAUGUGACAUGAUUUUUAUUUCGACCAAAAUAAGUAAGACAAAAUUUAAUUGUUCUUACAUAGCCUCUCUUUAAUUUAAUGUUUUUCAGUCGAUCUCUUUCAUACAGCUUCUGGCGUAUCAAUCAAACAAAUGUUGGACCCAUCAACUUCUUCCAGUGAGUUCUAGUGAUUACAAGUUAUAAUCAUAACUUGUAACACUAUUUAUGAAACACCGUGCGUACUCAUUUUUUAUUUAUUGUUUAGCACCGAAGGAUGUCGUUAUUGAUGCAGAAAUGAAACUACAGCUGCGAAUUAUAUCAUCCUUGCUGUGUUUGUCUGAUUUACAGACAAACAAGGGCAAUUUUGGAAUUGUUGAGCCACAAUCCGUCGAAGACAAUGAAAAUCAAGGACCCAGAAAAUUGGCUGUCGUUGAUUUUGGAGUAAGUGUUUGUUAUAUAAAAUUUCUAUGCGCAUUGUAAACAUUUUCAGAUAAAUCUUCGCUUAAUUGACGAAGAGCCAGCCAUUUUCACGUCCAAAAUCGAUAUUUCCUAUUUGAAAACGUUUUUGGAGAAAAUUGAUAUUUUGAAAAAUAUAUAUGCAGCAAGAGAGAAAAUGAUAUCCGACCCAGCAUUGCGUAACAACGAGAAUGUUAACAAAAAUACAUUUAAUCGAUAUUUUGAACGGUUGGAAAAAGCACUACUAAAUUUCUUGUGUAAAACAUAG